AUGCAUAUUGAAAUUGCUCAAGCUGUUGAAUUUCUCGGUAGACUUUUGAAUACGAAACUCGAGCAAGAUGCCAUUGCUCGCUUCAAAGACAAGCUGUCAGAAUUGUUAAAGAUUCGUUUCGAAGACCAUUGGGAUCCUCAGCAACCUUAUCGAGGCAAUGGCUACCGUGCUCUGUCUAAUUUCAAUGGUCUAUUAGAUCCCGUUGUGACGUCUGCUGCCCUUCAAGCGAAUGUGGAUCCAAACACCAUUCAAACCCAUCUUCCUCGUGAUUUUGUUCUUUGGAUUGAUCCCUAUUCGGUCUCUUACCGUGUAGGCGAUCACGGUAAUAUCAUGACACUUUUUGAAGACCGUUCACGAGGUAGAGUGACGCUCAAGUUUGACAACUCCAAUAACACUACCAACACGAACACUAGCACCACCGCUACAACUACCAACAAUAGCAGCAUAAAUGCAAAAUCCACUGCAUCUCCCAGUGGUUCGCCUUUUCUACAAUAUCUUCAACAACCUAAACCCUCCACACCUAUUCGUAUUUCCCCACCCAACAGUCCCGAAUCUAUUGUAUUAAAGCAGAAUCAGCAUCAAGCGAGUAAGCUUUCUACUACCACCACCAUUAAUACGAAUGCUAAGAAUAAUAGCAAUAACGAAAAUAAAGAUUUAGUGAUUGCUACAUAA